AACUGACACCAGUAACAGACAGUCACAAUUCAUCUUUCGCAGCAAACAAACGUUCCUUAAGCGUUGUCGGUGGAGCUAGAAGCAUAAAAGCACAAGUAAAGAAGAACAACAACAACGAUUUAAAAGUGCAAACUGGUGGUUGAACAUUUGUUUAAAAAGGCGCAAACGAUCGCACUGAAAAGCCAAACAGGAAUCAAGAGGAGACUUUUUGUGUGAGUUAGCGAGAAAGUGAUUCGGUAUUCAAUUGAUUGCACACAUACCUAUACACACAUGUGUGUAUAUACAUACAUACCCAAAUAACGACAUUGUGCCUUCACGCUGCGUCGCGCCGCACAGUAUGUAAUUUAAAUUUCGAAAUAAAUCGAGACUUAUUUGAAGGUUCUAGCGCGGAAUUGGCGCAAACGCGUGCUGCAUACAAACAUAUGUAGGUGCCUGUGUAAAGCUAAACGUCUAAAAAAGCCUCUACAUACAUAUUUAUGUAUUUACUAAUGUGCCUUGUUCAUUGUUACAAAACUUUAAUUGGCAACGUAAACGAUUUCAAUGCAAUAAUUCAAGAAAAAAAAUCGCUCUUUAAUUAAAUGUUGUCGUUUGCAUUUUCGAAGCUUUGUUUUUAGAAGUAGUGAAAACGAAACUAACAGCGAAACAGAAAAUUAGAAAGAUAAAAAAAUUGUUGGUUCAUUAAAGAGAACCAAAAGUACAAAUUCUUAUACAUAAUUAAAAAAGUAGAAUCGAACAAGUCGACAGUGUUUGUUGUUUUUCUUUUUGUGUGUGAAUCCAUAUAUAACAUAUUGGCCGCUCCCUGCGCCCGCAUACCGAAGUGUGCGACCUCACUUGCAAGCCGUCAGCCAGCAGUUGCCCAGUCAGCAAUAACAAUACGUAUAAUCGCCAAAAACUAAAACAAUAACCACUUCCACGGCCAACUUCCAGCGCCAAGCGGCAAAGCGGCCACGAGGGAGUCGAACCGAAAACACCAAGCAAGCACCUAACAGCAAAAAAGCGCGUUCAUUCGUUCGAACUGGAGUUGAAAUUAGGCCUUUGCGGAAGUAUACAUUUGAAGCGAGUCAACCAAUAGACCGAGAAUGGAGCGCGGAUUGCACGAUCGUGAUCGCGCGGGCGUACAAGAUUUUGUGCUGCUCGAAAACAUUCAAAGUGAAGAGGCAUUUAUCGGAAAUUUACGCAAACGUUUCCAAGAAAAUCUAAUCUAUACUUAUAUCGGUCAAGUGCUUAUAUCAGUAAACCCCUAUAAACAGUUGCCAAUCUAUAGCGAAAAUGACAUCAAAGAAUACCGAAACAAACACUUCUACGAGAUACCACCACAUAUAUUUGCAGUGACGGAUAACGCUUUCCGGUCAUUAAUUGAAGAGAAUAAGGGCCAAUGUGUUUUAAUUUCCGGCGAGAGCGGGUCUGGGAAAACUGAGGCUUCUAAGAAGGUAUUACAAUACAUCGCCGCCUGCUCUGGCCACCAGUCCACCGUUGAAAGUGUGAAGGAAAAAUUACUCAAGAGUAAUCCGGUGUUAGAAGCUUUCGGCAAUGCCAAAACGAAUCGAAAUGUUAACUCUUCACGCUUCGGGAAAUAUAUGGACAUACAGUUUGACUUUUCGGGUACACCAAUCGGUGGACACAUUCUCAACUAUUUGCUGGAAAAGUCACGCGUCGUCAAUCAAAAUGCGGGCGAACGUAACUUCCAUAUUUUCUACCAACUCUUGGCUGGUGCUAGCGAAGAGGAGUUGAAACAAUUGCAGCUUAAACGUUCGCUGGAUUCGUAUUAUUAUCUAAGUGAUGGGCAAAAAGGCGUUGUGAAAGGCAUUGACGAUGCCGGCGAUUUCAAGGUCGUAAAACAGGCCAUGAGCGUCAUCGAUUUCACGCAAGCGGAGCAAAAGGAGAUUUUCGACAUCGUCGCAAGUGUGCUGCAUUUAGGAAAUGUGGGUUUCAAUGAAGUCGAAGGUGUUGCUAAAGUGGUGAAACCCGAUGCAGUUGCUGCGAUUGCUAAAUUGCUUGGCGUUAAUCAAAAUGAACUGAUCGAUGCGCUCACCAAUCGCACAAUCGAUGCACGAGGCGAUGUCGUCACGUCACCAUUGAAUCGCGAGUUGGCCAUUUAUGCACGCGACGCACUCGCAAAGGCUAUCUACGAUCGGCUAUUCACCUGGCUCGUGCAGCGUUUAAAUAUCUCUCUGCAAGCCAAGGAUCUGCGUGAUGCACUGAACAAUGUUAUGGGUAUCUUGGAUAUUUAUGGCUUUGAGAUUUUCAAAAAGAAUAGCUUCGAACAGUUUUGCAUUAACUUCUGCAAUGAGAAGUUGCAGCAAUUGUUUAUUGAGCUGACCCUUAAAUCCGAGCAGGACGAAUAUCGUCGUGAAGGCAUUGAAUGGGUGCCAGUGACAUAUUUUGAUAAUAAAGUUAUUUGUAAUUUGAUUGAGGAAAAAUAUAAGGGUAUCAUUUCCAUACUCGAUGAAGAGUGUUUACGACCAGGCGAACCCACCGAUAUUACAUUCUUGGCGAAACUUACCGAUAAGCUGUCUUCACAUCCGCACUACAUUUGUCAUGAGAAAUCCUCGAUACAGGUGCAAAAGACAAUGGGACGUGAUGAAUUCCGUUUGGUGCACUAUGCCGGUGAUGUGACUUACAAUGUCAACGGCUUUUUAGACAAAAAUAACGAUCUUUUAUUCAGAGACUUGAAGGAGACCAUGAGUAAGGCAGACAACGAAAUUAUACGCUCCUGCUUCCCAGAGGGCGAGUACAAGAACAAGAAACGUCCAGAUACUGCUAUUACUCAGUUCAGGAACUCUUUGAACAAUCUUAUGGACAUCCUUAUGUGCAAAGAACCGUCCUACAUACGCUGUAUUAAACCGAAUGACCAGCAACAGUCGGGAGUAUUUGAUGAUGAAUUGGUGCUGCAUCAGGUGAAAUACUUGGGUCUGAUGGAGAAUUUACGAGUACGUCGUGCUGGCUUCGCUUAUCGCAGAUCUUACGAAACAUUCCUUAACCGCUACAAGUCGCUUAGCAAGGCCACCUGGCCGAACUUCAAGGGCUCACCCAAAGAAGGCGUACGCAUACUCGCCACCGAUCUACACUAUGGCCCGGAAGACUAUCGUUUAGGUGAAACUAAAAUUUUCAUACGCUUCCCCAAAACACUUUUCGAUACAGAGGACGCCUUCCAGGCGAAGAAACACGACAUUGCUGCCAUAAUACAAUCGCGUUGGAAGGGACGCCAGCAGCGUAAGAAAUACCUCAAACUACGCGAGCAAAUCAUCACAUUGCAGUCGUAUUGUCGCCGACAUCUGGCCAUUCAGGCGCUACAGCGGCGCCGUGAGGCUGCCAACAAAAUACGUGCCUUCAUCAAGGGUUUCAUUACACGCAACGAUGCGCCGAAUGGCUACAACGAAGAUUUUAUUGCGAACAUGAAACGCAUGUGGCUUAUGCGAUUGGCCAAGCAAUUGCCAACCAAAGUGUUGGACGAGAGCUGGCCACCUUCACCGGUACACUGCCAAGAGGCAUCCACCUACCUUCAUCGUUUGCAUCGCUUGCAUUUGGCACGCAAAUAUCGCCUGAGUUUAUCUAAUGAGCGAAAACGCCAAUUCGAAUUGAAGGUGUUGGCCGAGAAGUUAUUCAAAGACAAAAAAGCAAACUAUUUGGCCAGUGUGCCAUAUUGGUUCCAAAACGAUCGUACGCCCAAGGAAAAUGCUGCAGAAAUCAACAACUUCAUUGCCACUUCCUUAAACGGCGAGAAUUUGAAAUAUGCGUCGCCAUGCACAAAGUACGAUCGUCACGGCUACAAGCCAAGGGAACGCUUUGUGUUGCUAAGCAACAAGGCGCUCUACGUUUUGGACGGCAAGAGCUACAAACAGAAGCAUCGUCUGCCGCUGGAAAAGAUCGAUUUUGUUACCACAAAUCAUAGCGAUAGCCUGCUGGUAAUACGUAUACCACUUGAACUAAAGAAAGACAAGGGCGACUUAAUCCUUGAGAUACCCUACAUCGUUGAGUUCGGCACCUUGGUGGUGGACACUGUUGGUACGGCCAACAUACUUAGCAUCGUUAGUCGCGACUCUUUGGAGCACAACGUCGUUAAAGGCAAGGCAGGCGUUAUCGAUAUUCAAACUGGCGGCGAGCCAGGCAUUAUACGUGAUAAGGGUGGCCAUCUUGUUGUUAUUGCUGGACAAUAAAUAUCAGAUAGAAGUGCUAACUACCUUUAACAAGAAAUCAGGGCUUUAAAGACAACGGAUGUAUUUUAUAUAUUUUGUUAUAUUUGUUAUCUGAAAUUUGCAGCAGUAUCAUUCCAGAUUUUAUACAAAUUUUUUAACUAUACACGUACAUAUGUACACAUAAGUAUUUUAUUGUAUGUAUGUAUUAAUGUGUGCGAACGGUAUUUACUAAAAUAUUAUAAUUUAUUUCAUAUAAUACACAAUUGAUUGUACUAUA